UUUUGGCAAAGCAUACCCCGGUGGUGAGAGAUGAUUAUUAAUUAUCCACGGGGCUGCAGACAAAAUUAAUAUAUAUACAAUGAUCUACUAACAAUUUACAAUCAUGUAGAUUAGUUGGUUUUUCUGUUUGUAACCCCCGGUUGACUAAUCACAUUGGGGUGAAAAAUGAAGUAGUGAGAAGUCCAUAAAUCAUCUGUCCAAAGAAGAACAUGUCCAAUUCAUUAUGUUAUCAACAAUUAAAGCACUUGAGACUGGCUCACCGUUUGUAUUCAAAGGCCCCUUCAUUUAACCUCAAAAAGCAAGAUGAUACCGGUAAGACUACGGACAUGAUUGGACCCGCGAACCCUGUCUCUAAUUUGAGGCCGAUCAUUUUUGCACAGCCUUCGACUGAAACUGACAUUGAAAAAAAGUUCAGGGAGACGAGAGAAGCCACUCAGGAGUGGAAUCAUAAAUUCUGGAGUGCACACAAUGCCAGAUUUAUUGCUGAACGCAAAGAAUUCCAAAAUCAAUUAAAAGCUGAAGGAAAAGAAUCAGUGACUGCAGACGAGAUGUCAGUCUUCUACAAGAAAUUUCUAGACAGUAACUGGGAGACUCAUGUUAAAUACAACUACCUCUGGUACAAACAAAAUAUCAAGAUUCUGUACCUUGAAGUAAGAGUGAGAUUAUCGAAAAUGAAGUUCAAGUGACGUUUUGAGCAAUUAUUAUUAAAAAAUUAUUUAUCUCAAAGAAUAAUCAGUGUUAUUAA